AAAACCACUCUCCAUCAGAACUCGAUAGGGUUUCAAAUUAAGAAAACUCUGCCGAAGCAUUCCAUAUUCUUCCAUUGUUUAUUGUUUCUUUCUCUAUCAUUCAAAAUUAGGGUUUUUCCAUAUCUCACUUCACAUAUUUCCGUAUUGUCGUAUCAGACAAGUGCCAUCACUUGAAGCCGUUAUAGUUUUCUGAUCAUUCAAUUCAAUUCAAUUGAUUUAUUUUUCCUUCUACAAUCUCUGUUGGAGCUGAGUACGAGAAGAUUUGGCAAUAUCAGGCAAAAUUGGCCUUGGAAUUUUAGGUCUGCUUACCGGUUGGAUAUGACUUGGCAUGUUAAACUGCUCAAGUGAUUAAUUCAGCUACAGCGUGUUUCUUUGAACCUGUGAGCUUUAAUUGAGUCAGUAAUGGCUAGUUCUCAGCUUUGAUAUUGCCUUCUGAAUCCUCUGAACAAAGUGGUACGCAUAUGGAAGCUUCAAACAUGAACUUUGCCCAACCACCUUCGCAGCAGAGCCAAAAAUCCUCAUAUGGUCCUGUGGCUAUUCUAUGGGACAUUGAGAACUGUCCUGUCCCAAGUGAUGUGCGCCCUGAAGAUGUAGCUAGCAACAUAAGAAUGGCAUUGUGGGUCCAUCCUGUAAUCAAUGGAGCUGUUACAUUGUUCUCUGCAUAUGGGGAUUUUAAUGCCUUUCCCAGGCGACUGAGGGAGGGCUGCCAGAGAACUGGUGUCAAACUCAUAGAUGUACCAAAUGGGAGAAAGGAUGCUGCUGACAAGGCCAUAUUGGUUGAUAUGUUUCUUUUUGCUCUUGACAACCCUCCACCAUCUUCCAUCAUGCUGAUCUCUGGCGAUGUUGAUUUUGCUCCAGCACUUCACAUACUUGGUCAACGUGGAUAUACUGUGAUUCUUGUCAUUCCUUCUAGGGUGGGUGUAUCAUCUGCCCUGUGUAAUGCGGGCAGGUUUGUAUGGGAUUGGCAUAGUGUGGCUUGUGGGGAAGGCUUUGUGCCUCCCUCUAGGGCUUUAAUUCCCCCUCAUGGAGGUCCGGCUGAGAUUGCUGGGAAUCUGAUGGGGUGCCAAAUCAAUGAUAACCUAGAUGUUCAGAACGAGGAAGCAAUUUUAUAUAGAGGGAUCUCACAAAAUGUUUACAACUCAAGGGAUUUCUCAAUGAUAUCACAGUCUUUAUCUGAGUACAAUAGUACUUCAAUAACCUUGCCUUGCUUUCCUUCAACUUUAAGAUCUCAAAGUCUUCCAUCUGGUUCAAAUGAAGUAUCAGCAGCAUCUGCUCCUCCUUGUGACGAGAAUGAUUUGAUGUGGGUACAACCUGGAGAUCUAAAUGGUUUGAAGGCACAGCUGGUGAAGCUGCUUGAAUUGUUUGGAGGGUGUGUGCCUCUUAACCGUGUUCCUCCCGAGUACCAGAAAUUUUUUGGGAGGCCUCUUUAUGUAGCAGAAUAUGGGGCAUGCAAGCUUGUGAAUCUUCUCAAGAAGAUGGGCGACAUGAUAGCAAUAGAAGGAAAAGGUCAUAAGAAGUUUGUCUACCUUCAAAACUUGAGACCUGGCCCAAGUGCGCCUCCACUACCUCUGGCAAAGAAGGAUAAGAAAGGGAAGGAGUCUCAGGAAGAGAUCGUUGAUAUUAUCACAGGUGGUGGAUCUUCAGAUGAGUUCUCAGAUGAAGAAAGGGUAGUAGUUGAAGAACAUGAUGAACGGGCAGGUGUAGAGAAGACCAAUCUGGGUAUGUCAUCUAGAUGUGAAAAUGAUGACCCAAGUAUUGAACAGUUCAAGUAUGAGCUACAAGAGAUUUUUGUGAGCUAUUAUUGUCGAAUUUUCAUGGGUUCUUUUGAGGCUAUAUAUCAGCAACGGUACAAGAGAUCAGUGGAUUACCGGAGGUUUGGUGUGAAUGAUCUGGAGGAGUUAUUGGACAAGGUGGGAGAUGUUGUGGUUUUGCAUGUGGAACCAGGAAGCAACAGGAAGUUUCUGGUUGCUGUUGGUGGCUAGAUGAAUAGGGCAGCUGCUAUUUUUAAAAUUUUUUUUGUCUUUUAAUUAGGGGUCUUUGUAGCUGAGGUAUGCUUGUUGCUACCCUGUUCCUCUCUCUCUGUAUAUAUAUAUUUCACCCCAAUGUUUCAUAAAAGAUGAUAGGAAAAACUAGGAGCACGUAUGUUUGUUGUGCAUCUGAUAGUUUUGAAGGUUUAUCCACGUAAGACUUUGCAACAGAUCUACUGCCAAAGCAUAUCUGUAUGCAAACUAACAUGCCUUUUUACAUUUUGUGUUCCCAUUACAUGAACUGAGAUUCUGAACUUGUUUUGAACACGUUUGCUCCAGAUUCUGCAUUUGGAGGCAUGGUUGCUUGGA